UUCUCUGAGUUCAUGGACGGACACAGCACCCACCCCUCCUUUUAUGUUUGUACUGAUUUUACUUUAAGUUUCUGCCUAGUCACUCCUAAAGAAAGGCUAAUACCCACUUUGUCAAGAUUAAGGCUGUGUCCCGUCCAUGAACUCAGAGAAAAAGAUUUUACGGUGAGUAUAAAAUCUUAUUUUCCUUUUCUCAGUUUUAACGUCAGGUACUUUGGUAAAUAAGGCGCAACCUAAAGCAUAUUCUAAUAAAUCACCUUAAUAUGUGAACCCAUCGAUGGAGGAGUCUCGUGUUAGAGUGUAUGCAUAGUUCUGAGCUAAUCCCUCUGUUCUAGACAUUUCUCAUAAACAUUCUACUUGCGAUUACUCACAAUUUUCUAAAUAACCCUUCGUAAGUUCCUUAAAUUUAAAGUUCCGUUCUGGAAACUUCCUGUAAAUGCAGAACAGAAAACAGCAAAGAAGGCCAUUAAUAGCACAGUGCACAGAAUUAUGUUUUUCAACCGUGUACAAUGAGGAAAGUUGAAGAUUUCGAGGCAAAAUCAGGGAACUGUUGUCUAGGAAAUACGUAUGCAAACAUGAACGAUCUCAAGGCCCAGAUGUCAGAGAAUAAUCCAGAAGCCAAAGCUACCAAGAAUAUACAAGAUCGGCUAACAUUGGUUCUGGUCAUUUUCUUAAUCUUGGUGUUCCUUAUUCUGGUUAUUUUCACAAGUCUUCUGUUUGUUUACUUAAAAGAAUGCACUUCACAGUUUGAAAACAAACUAGAACAGCAUAAAAAUGAAACAAAACCUUCCUGUGAGAGUGGAUGGCUAGAGUUUGAUGGUCAUUGUUACUUCUUCUCUGAUUUUCAACUGAAUUGGAUGAGUGCUCAGAUGAUGUGCCUUAACAGAGGAAGUUAUCUGGUUAUAAUUACAAGCGAAGAGGAGCAGAAAUUCUUACUGGAUAAAUAUAAUAAAAAAAAUAAUAUUUGGAUUGGUCUGACAGAUGAGCGCAAAGAAGGUACAUUUCAGUGGAUUGAUGGCACAGAGUUAUCAUACACAUUUUGGAGAAAAGGAGAACCAAAUGGUGGAACCAAGGAGAACUGUGUUAAUCUGUUUAUAGAAAGAGAAUGGAAUGAUUAUGCCUGUAAUUCAAAUAGUUAUGCCAUCUGUGAGAAGAGACUGAUAUGAUUUGUAUUUCCUUUCUGUGGAAUACUCUCACCUCCGGGACUCUGGAGAUAUAUCCUACACAAUUUGUUGGUCCUUUCCAAUGUAAUCCAUGGCUGCAUAAUCAGUUUUAAGAAUUUUUACAUAAUUAUGUAUGAUAGUUCAAUGUUCCAAACCAUGGAGUUAUGA